AUGAACAGAACUGGUGCAUUAGUUAUUGUUGAUAUGAGACGUGACAGAUAUGUCUUGAAACGAGGUUAUAAUGAAUGGCCAGAUGAACCACUCAUUCGGAAGUUUGGAGCGAGACUAGAGGGGAAGGCACCUCAUUUCGGAUGCGUGAGCUCUGAGGAGCUCGACAACGCCUCAAGACAAAAAUUAUUAACCAUAACCAUUGUGAAUCCAAUGAAAUUAACUCGCGAGCCGGAUUUCCGGAAAGCUUUCGAGGUUCAGAUGUUAUUCGCGGUUCAGGUGCGGCCCUUGGGUGGCAGUUUGUUGAUCCCUGAUCCAGGAGAAGCUCGAACAUAA